AUGGCCGCCUCUCUCAUCGGUACCUCUGCGCGCACAGCCCUCCGCUCCGGAGCUUCGGCUACCCAAAGAGCUGCUGGUGUUGCGGGCUUGACUUUUGCCCGCGGCAAGGCUACUCUGCCUGAUCUGCCUUAUGACUUCGGCGCCCUGGAGCCUUCGAUCUCCGGCAAGAUCAUGGAACUCCACUACAAAAACCACCAUCAGACCUAUGUCAACAGCUACAACCAGGCUUCCGAGCAGUUACAGGAGGCCCGAGCUAAGGGCGACAUCGCUGCUCAGAUUGCCCUCCAGCCCUUGAUCAACUUCCACGGCGGUGGCCAUCUUAACCAUAGCCUUUUCUGGGAGAACCUGGCCCCCAAGAGCUCCGGUGGCGGUGAGCCCCCAAGUGGUGCUCUGUCCAAGGCUAUCAACGAAACCUAUGGUGGCCUGGAGAACUUACAGGGCAAGAUAAACACUGCCUUGGCUGGAAUCCAGGGAAGCGGAUGGGCCUGGCUGGUCCGGGACAAGCAGACCGGCGACAUCAGCAUUAAGACAUAUGCCAACCAAGACCCCGUCGUUGGUCAGUUUGAGCCCCUUCUCGGUAUUGAUGCCUGGGAGCAUGCCUACUACCUCCAAUAUCAGAACCGCAAGGCCGAGUACUUCAAGGCCAUCUGGGAGGUCAUCAACUGGAAGACCGUGGAGAAGCGUUUCUCCGCAUAA